CGUUGAAAUCUUAAAAGAGGAAUCUAAAGAGUGUUCGAUAUUAUUUAGGUGGAGUUGACAGGAGGAUCAAAACUUCUGAAUACUCUAAAUUAAUUUCUGUCGUAUCGAACAUGUUUUCUUGGCCAUUGUGUUUUUUCAAAUGUCCUCUUACGAAUGUAAGAACACACUCUCUCUCUCCACUUCAGCAGUAACAGUUGACAAGGGCGUGUGAUUGCUCCCACUGGGAGCACACUCUUCUAUUUAAUCUCUUUUUUUUUUCUGGGAGUGUGUUAACUCUUUUCUUUUCUUCUUCUUGUUAUUCUUUCUUUCUCCCUUUCCGUUGUUGUUUCAUGCAUGGCUCCCUAAGAGAAAGAGAACUUCGUUUGUUACUGCAAAUUUAGUUGUAAAAGUUCUUUUCCAGGACUUGUUCAAUGGUAUUUUGAGAUAAUGCCGGUUCCACUUGCCCCCUACCCUCCACCACCUCCACCACCUCGGCCACCUCCAUAUACGCCUCCACCAAAUGGUCCGCAGAACCAACUUGUCUGUUCUGGGUGUAGAAACCUCCUGCUUUAUCCGGUUGGAGCCACCUCUGUGUGCUGUGCUGUUUGCCAUGCAGUCACAACUGUGCCACCUCCUGAAAUGGCCCAGUUAGUAUGUGGAGGCUGUCACAUUCUCCUCAUGUACAUCCGUGGAGCCACAAGUGUGCAAUGCUCUUGUUGUCACACAGUCAAUCUGGCUUUGGAAGCAAAUCAAGUGGCACAUGUCAACUGUGGGAACUGUAAGAUGCUACUGAGGUACCCAUAUGGAGCAAGAUCCGUGAAAUGUGCCGUUUGCAGUUUUGUAACAUUAGUUGGGAUGCAGGCCUCAACAAGUACCACUGAGCAGAAAUUCAGCACCUAAAUGGCUGAAUCUUUCUCUAAAAUUCGUCGCAGACACCACGACCUUGGUUUUAAUUGUUACAUCUCAUCACCCUUGAGGAGUAACUAGCGAAUAUGUUAUAUCAGAGAAAAUUCCCCUCAAAUGUAUGAACUACUUUUCCCUUUACUGAAAUAAUUAAAUACUUUUGGUGUUAUUGGUGUACCGUGUACUGCUUUGUUUGUAAGCAGUGUAAGCCUCUUAAGGAAUCGAUGUCGCCCCAACAGUGUCAAUGUCAGUGCAGUUUUAUAUAGUUCUCCAAUAUCAAAGGCAGUGUCUUCCUAAAAGCUACUUGGAAUAACUAUUUGUGAUAA